AUGGUCAAUAACAGCUGGACCAGUGUAUCCCAUUUUGUUCUAUUGGGCAUAUCUACCCACCUGGAAGAGCAGAUCCCACUCUUUCUUCUUUUUCUACUGAUGUAUGCAAUCAACAUUUUUGGGAACUUUGCCAUCAUCACAUUGAUUAUCUCUACUCCAUGUCUCCACACCCCCAUGUACAUCUUCCUCAGUAAUUUGGCUUUGGCAGACAUCUGUUUCACCUCCACCACGGUCCCCAAGAUGCUACAGAACAUUUUCUCGCCUACAAAGGCCAUUUCCUACAUGGGCUGCUUAGCCCAGACCUAUUUCUUCAUUUGCUUUGCAGCCAUGGAAAACUUCCUUCUGGCUGUGAUGGCCUAUGAUAGAUACAUCGCUAUCUGCUACCCUUUCCGCUACCCUAUGAUCCUGACCAGAAUGCUGUGUUCACAGAUGGUGGCUCUGUGCCAUAUCCUCUCCCAUCUUCAUGCCCUGCUGCACACCUUUCUUAUGGGCCGAUUAAUCUUCUGUGCAGAUAACCAGAUUCCCCAUUUCUUCUGUGACCUCUACCCUCUGAUGAAGAUUUCCUGCUCCAGCCCCUACCUCAACACCCUGAUGAUUCACACGGAGGGUGUUAUUGUCAUCAAUGGAGCUCUGGCUUUCAUCAUUGUCUCCUAUGCCCGCAUCAUCUCAGUGGUCCUCCAGAUCCCCUUGGCCAAGAGCAAAUGGAGAGCUUUUUCUACCUGUGGCUCCCACCUCACUGUGGUGUCUAUCUUCUAUGGCACACUCACAUGGGUCUACUUCCGGCCCCUUACCAGCUAUUCAGUGACUGAGGGUCGCAUUCUGACAGUCAUGUACACAGUGGUGACCCCCAUGCUGAACCCCUUCAUUUACAGCCUGAGGAAUGGGGAUGUCAAGGGAGCCUUCAGAAAAUGGGUGUGUGUUUCUUUACACCAACACUUAACUAUCUGAAAAGGAAAUCAAGAAAACAAUCCCGUUUGCAACAGCAUCAAAAAGAAUAAAAUAUUUAGGAAUAAAUUUAACCAAUGAGUUGAAAGAUAUGUACACUACAAAUGGUAAAAUGCUGAUGAAAUAAAUUAAAGCAGACACAAAUAAAUAGAAAGAUAUACCACGUGCACGGAUUGGAAGAAUUAAUAUUGCUAAAAUACCAAUACUACCCAAGGGGAUAUUCAGAUUCAACACAAUCCCUAUAAAAAUUUCAAAGGCAUUUUUCACAGAAAAACAUUCUAAAAUACUUAUGGAACAAGA